AGAGAGCUCAGAUGUGUCAGCACAGCAAAGGGAACUUUCUCUGAAAGCUUCAGGGUGUGUUCUGUGGAUUUCAUGGCUCUCCUCACCAAUGUAGCCGUUCUGAUGGUCCUUGCUUGUGUUUCCCAUCAGAUGAUGUUGGGUAGCUGUCAUAGGAGCCAUGGGCGUAGAGGACGGGGCGACAGAGGGCAGCGCAAGGAAAGAUCAGGGCUGAGCCAUAUGAAACCUGUUCGAGGCAAACUGGCCACCAAAGAUGGUUCGCAGUGUUCUUGGAACGCAACUGGUGGAGACCCGUUGUUUCUCUUCGUGACCUGCAUGAAGGGGGAAAGAAGCUUUGCCUGUACAUACACAGCCAGAGCAGCUCUUUGUCCCCAGUAUGCCUCAAAUACUUUAGUCUACUGGAAGCAGAUUACCAGAGCCCUGAAGAAGCAAAGCAACCUGUGUCAUAAUGAAACUGCAUCGAUCAGGGCGGGCAUGUGCAAGCAAGCUCCAAGAGAGGCUCAUUUUAGGCUCGUGGUUGCAGAGAAGAAGGGGACUCCCUCGUCUUACGUUCCACCAUCUCCAAACAGAGCAGCCAAAUCCUGCCUGCCUAAAAAUCAGGAACUGGCCAAAAAGCUCUGCAGUGACUCCUGGUCCAGUCUGUGCACCUUUUUUUCCACCAUGGUGAAUAAUUAUGAUUGCUAAGACUGGAAUGAAUGAACUAGACUGAAACAUUCUGGACUUGAAGCGUGGUAGUCUGUGCAUGUUUGACAUACAAAAAUAAAAACAAUUCACUCUA